AAAAGUGCAGAGUUUUCUUCAGCGUAAAGCAGUGGAAUAUUUUGCGUACACAUGGUCUCAUGGCGGAGGUCAAAUGGAUGAAGAGGAAAUCGCUGAAUUUCUGCCACCUCGACUCUACGGUCAACUGGCUGUGCAUAUUCACAUGGAAACGCUCAGAAGAGUGAAGCUUUUCGAGGAUUGUGAGCCGAAUCUCCUCUACGAACUGAUUCUGAAACUCGAACUACGAGUCUAUUCGCCGCUGGACUACGUGUGUAGAAAAGGUGACGUCGGUACAGAAAUGUAUAUUGUGAAAGCGGGAAGCGUUGAGGUUGUCAAUGAGGAUGGCACGAA